AGUGGAGCGAGGACCAACUGUUAAGAUGCUGUGGAGUUUGGUUUUCAUCUGGGUUAUAACAACCCAAAAUGUAGCCGUGCAGACAACAGAUCUCUGCAACACAAAGAACAUAAAUCUGACCGGGAAGACUGCAUCUCAGUCUUCCGAUUUUUUUGCAAAUGGCAGUCCAUACAUUGCUAACAGAGCCUUUGAUGGGGAUCGCUUCAUAUGUUCUCACACCGAGUUGCAGACUAACCCUUGGUGGAGAAUUGACCUGCAGGGGAUAUACAGCAUUUCCUGUAUCUCUGUCUAUAAUAGGAACGGUUUAAAUACCAAUAUAUCAGGAGCUCAAAUCUACAUUGGGAAUUCUCUAGAGAACAAUGGCACCAACAAUAGGCUGGUUUACAAUAUCACAGACUUCCAAGAAAAUCAGCUAAAUAUCUUCAGAUUUUCCGAAUCAGUGGCAGGGCGAUACGUGACUUUCUUCACACCAAAAAGGUCACAUAUGAUUCUUUGUGAGGUGAACAUUACUGGCACAGAGAUAGAAUCUCCCUUUAAGCUGAUCAACAUUAACAAGACCUGGGAAGACUCUCGGUCCUACUGCAGGGCUAAUCACAGAGGUCUAGCUACUAUACUGGAUGAGCAGCUUCAGUUCUUUGCUGCAAUGGAGGCAGAGAAGGCCAAUAGUCCCUUUGCAUGGAUCGGCCUUCGCUUCGUCUGCAACAAGCCGGUCUGGUUCUGGGCUGAUAACUGUACAAUUGAUUAUGAAGUCUGUGACAUAAGUGGAGCCAUGGAGACCAAAGGACAGCAUAAAUGGUUCAGCAAGUCUGAUACUGAAAAGUUCAAUUUCAUCUGUGCUUUGUAA